AUGGGUCGAAGAAAAUUAACGAUGAAGACCCUCCAGAACAGGAAUGCUCGCCGGGCUUUGUUUGAGAGGAGGAAGAAGGGUUUAUUGAAGAAAGCUUCUGAACUUUCCACGCUCUGUGGGAUUGAUGCCUGUGUGAUAAUCUUCCCUCCUCCAGAUUCUGAAAACCCUAAAGCUGAGACCUUUCCCCAAGAUCCCACACAGUUGAUUCGCAAUCUGCAAGAGUAUAGCGCCAAGAAGAAAUGCCCCGAGAAACAAAGAAAGAACUACGAUCUCCGUGAGUUCUUCACUGAUAGGAAGAACCAGGUUGAAGCUGAGACCUCCAGAGUCCGUGACCAGAGAUUGAAGAUGUUGUGCCCCACCUGGGGUGACAGCUUUGACAACCUGGGAGAGGAUCAGCUGAUGAUGUUUAUUGCUGCGUUGGAUUGUAAGCUCCAAGAGUGUGAUCAGACAAUUGGGUUGUUGAACGCAAGGAAAUCAGAGAUUCCUGUGGUUCCAGUGGGUUUGGAUUUGUUGAACGAUCAUUGUUUGGAGAUUCCUAUUACUGUAAUUCCUUCUUAUCGUGAUGUUUCAGAUGAAACUCACCUGGACCUGGGUUUUAUGGAGAAUAUGAGUGAUGAAGGCAAUGUUGUAUCUGAUCCAAUAAGGCGACUUGUUGGUGAUAGUAACACUGACCUGAUGGAAUCUUGCUCUCUUCAGGCCCAGAUGCUUCAGUCUGGUUCAACUUGGGAUGACAGCUUCAAGGACCUGGUAGUAAUAGAGAAGCAGCAGGGGAUGUUUCAUGGUUCAAUUUUAGAUUCUAUCCUUCAAGAGUGUGAUUGUCACAUGACUGACUUGUUCCACACAGGUCUUUAG